AUGAUAGUGGAGGAUUUCGGUGCGGUUCUCAACGGUCCCGUGCUUUUGGAGAUGGGAAGAUCCUCAGGCUGUUCUCCCCUCGGUUACCUCAUCUUUCUCCUUCUCCCCCAGCUCCCUACUCUGGGCGCAGGGCCACUCGGCAGCCUGAGGGCCGCGUCUCCCGUCCUGGCCUUCCUGGGAGGAGAAGCCGGGCUCUCCUGCCAUCUUCCCGCUCCGGUGGAUCCCGAAGAAGCCGAGGUGACGUGGCUGCGGGCCCGGACCUCUCGGGUCGUGCACGUUUUCCGGGACGGGCAGGACCAGGAGGGAGAGCAGGGGCCCGAGUACAGAGGGAGAACGGCGCUGGAGAAGGACGGUCUCCUCGAGGGGAACGUCACCCUCCGGAUUCGCCAUCUCCGGCUCUCCGACCGAGGGGAGUACCGGUGUCUCCUUCAAGUUGACUCCGCGAACCCGCAGAACGCCACGGUGGCCCUGGAGGUGGCAGCACUGGGUUCGGAUCCCGCCAUCCUCCUGGAGGGUUCUGAGUCCGGAUGGAUCCGGCUGGUCUGCAGGUCAUGCGGAUGGCUCCCUGAGCCCCGGGUGCGGCGGAGAGGCACGGAAGGGGAGCCGGUACCGAGACUGUCAAGGUGCCAGGCCCGGGACGGAGCCGGGCUCUUCCAUACGGAGACGUCGGUCACCGUCCGAGCUAGCUCCCCGGGGAUCAUUUCUUGCCACAUCCGAAACGUUGCCCCGAGCCAGGGGAAGAUGGCAAUCAUGGCCACAGCGGGUAGACCACCGCACGAAGACAGUGAGGACCAUCCUGGGUUGGAAAGGCCGUUCAAAAGGGCGUGCGUUCCCGUUUCCUCAAGACUGUCUCCCUCAGCCAUGGCUCUGGCUGUGAUCCUGCCGGCCCUGGGUCUGCUGAUAGCCGUGGGUAUUUAUGUCCUCUGGCAACAACACAAAUCAAAAGAGAUGCUUCUUUAUCAACAGGUGUUAGAGAUCGAGGAACUUCUCUCUGACCACAGGAAAGAGAAAGGGAAACUCCACAGGACAAUCAAGAAACUCCGGGGAGAGCUCAAGUUGAAAAGAGCAGCAGCAAACGCAGGCUGGAGAAGGGCCAGGUUGCACCCUGUGGACGUGACUCUCGAUCCGGACACGGCCCAUCCCAAGCUCGUCCUAUCUGAAGACCGGCGACGGGUGAAACACGGAGACCACCGGCGCGACGUGCCCGACAACCCCGAGAGGUUCGAUUACGUGGUCAGCGUCCUGGGCUCUCAGCGCUUCACUGCGGGGAGCCACUACUGGGAGGUGCACGUGGGCAACAAGACGAAAUGGAUUCUCGGAGUGUGCAGUGAAUCCGUGAGCAGGAAGGGGAAGAUCACCGCAUCCCCCCUGACGGGGCACUGGGUUGUGCGGCUGAGCCGCGGGAACGAAUACGAGGCCCUCACCUCCCCCCAGACUCCUUUCCGCCUCAAGAAUCCUCCCCGCCGGGUGGGAAUUUUCCUGGACUACGAAGCUGGGGUGGUCUCCUUUUACAACGUGACCGACGAGACUCACAUCUACACGUUUACCUACCCCUUCUCCGGGCCUCUCCGCCCUUUCUUUGAGCCUUGUCUUCACGACGAGGGCAAAAACGCAGCUCCUCUGAUCAUCUGCCCCGUGUCCCGGGAGUCUGGGGAACUUGCCAAAGGGCCCAGCCCGUCCCCGGAAGCCCCCCGGGCGAUGGAAAAGAAGGUAUCUCUGGGGACCAACGGACCAUUAGCCCGUCCUCGCCCGACGCCAGAUCAAUAUCCGCUCAAGGAUAUGAUCCUUUCUUGGCCCUCUGACGUCGCUCCGGCCCUGCAGGGUUUCAGGGCCCCGUCCUUUUAGGGGAACGAUCGC